CCUAUUCCUAACCUGAUUGGCUGUUAUAUAUCACGGCGGUAUAUUUUAAACCAAUCAGGAGCGAGCGCUUUUCUCCAGUCACCGUGCAGCUUCCACCAAUCAGGAGGCCGUGUGACUAUUGGCUGUGACAACAGUAGCGUUUGGUUUAUCUGCUGCUGCUUUUGGCGCCAUAACUACUACAUUCUCCUCACAGAAAAGAUACUGGAAUCUACAUUUGGCGCUUGACAUCCAUCUCAAUCUUUGUGAGAAACCACUGAAAAGGGCAUUAUGGCUACACUGGCACUAAAAUAUGACCUGACAUGCUCAAUCUGUUUGGACUUUUACACUUGCCCUGUAAUAUUAGACUGUGGGCAUAACUUCUGCAGGGUCUGCAUUCAACAGUUGAUAGAGCAGCAGGCAGAGAAUGGAUAUUGUCCAGAAUGCAGGAGAACAUGUUCACCAGAAAACUUACACCGAGUCAACUUUAAACUGGGAAGUAUAGCAGAGUAUUAUAAAUCCAUUCAGGGCUCUUAUAGCUCCAGUGAGCUGCCUUGUACCUUUUGCAUUCAGUCUCCUAGCACUGCUGUAAAGACUUGUCUGCAUUGUGAGGCUUCUUUUUGUAGACCACACCUGCAUGUCCACUGCAAAAGCCAAGAACAUGUUUUAGUUGACCCCACAACAUCACUACAGAAUAGAAAAUGCAGAAUCCACAAUGAAGUUUUAAAGUAUUUCUGCAUAGAGGACAAGUCAUGCAUUUGUGCUUCCUGCUGCUUGAUUGGAGAACACCAAGGGCACCUAUUUGAGCUCCUGGAAAAAGCCUCUCUGAAAAAAAAAGAAGAAUUGAAAAAAGUUCAGGAAAAUUUAAAGUUGGAGCAGGAAGUUUUGGAGAAGAGAACAAAUGUUUUGCAUGAUACUCUCAGUCAAGAGAAAGGAAAAGUAGUAAAACUUAGAAAAGACUUAGAAGCCAUAUACAGUAAAUUCUAUGAUCACAUUGUAGAUGCUCACGUUAACGUGCUUAAUGAGGUUGGACGACAUUUGGGACAGGUCUCAAAGCACAUUUCACUUGAUAUUUUGUCUAUAGAAAAAAGAACAGCUAAGCUGUCCGAGGACCUAGAACAUGUUCAGACUGCUUGCAGCAAUAUGGAUCCACUCACUUUAUUACAGGACGAAGUAUGCAGUGCUAUUUAUGAUAGGAAGUUUUCAGCACAACCUGAUACAGACAACAAACCGGCUUCUCUAGCCCAGAGAAUGGACAUGUUCCUGAUUUCCUUAAUCUCACAGAAACAUAUUGAAGGCAUUUUGGACCAUCUACCGCUCCUCCUGUCCAGUAAGUUGGCCUGUUUAAAGUAUCAUUUCAGUUUUUUGCUAAAUGAAGCAUCAGCCAGUAAUUAUCUUGCACUCUCUGCUGACCUCAAAACUGUAACAUACUCCAAGGAGAAACUUUUCCGAGAACCCAACCCAGACCGGUUUAAAACCAGUCAGGUUCUCAGUAUCUCAUCUUUCUCUUCUGGAAAAUACUUUUGGGAAGUGCAUACCAGCAAGACUGGGGUGAAGGCCAUUGGCGUAGCCUAUCCCACUAUUGAGAGAAGUGGUUUAAACGCCUUUUUAGGAUACAAUGACAAGUCCUGGUGCUUAAUCUGGGGUAAUGACCACAUUGAAGUAUGUCACAACUCUGAUUGUAAACAGAUUGUAUCUUAUGAUCCCAACAUGUGUACUGUCGGGGUGUUUUUAGAUUAUGAGGCUGGAUUGCUCUCCUUCUACAAAACCUGUACACAUAUUCAGCACCUGCACACUAUCAAAGCCACGUUCUUGGAGCCUCUUCACGCUGCCUUUUAUGUAGUUGAUAGCUGGAUGAAGAUCAAUCCCCCAAAAAAGCAAUGGAAAUAGGAUUUCAUUGCAAUGGACGCAUAACUUGUAAUACUGUAGAGAUGCGGCAAUGAUUGUAGUUUUUUUCACGGUUAAUAAAACCUUCAUACAAAACUGUUUAAAGUGACAUUUCAUGUUUAGGAAGGGUUCAUUGUUGGGGUUUGGGGCAAGUUAAUAGUAUUUCAAUUUUUCUUAGCAUAUCCAUUGGUAAGGUAGAUUUGAUAGGGAAUAGAUGUCUGGUCUCCCUAGAAGUUAUGCAAAAUGUUUUUAUUUUAUUUCAUAACUGUUAUGGAGAUUACGCUUGUUAUAAAAGCAGUUGUUUUAGCAGCAGAAUAGGUUUGUGAAGGAAGGUUUCUAUCCUGAAAAAGCAUCACCUAUAUCUGACUCAAAAUCAGGUUUUACAUGGCCACAUUGUACAACCACAUUUGUGAGUCCAUAUUAUGGCCCCAAGUCCUGGCCUGACAGAUGUCAGAUUGGGUCAUCAAAAUCAUCAGGUGUGAACUUGCAGUGGAAAUGCAGUCGUAUAAAUGCAGUCCUAUAAAUGCAGCUAUAUUACAUCUAUGUGAAACCAGCAUCAGGGUGAAUUCACCCUGGUUCGGUUUAUCUGAACGGGGUUGAUUUGGUGACAGACAGUUAGAUUUCUUUAAAGGACAUCUGUAGUGCAAUAUAACUUCUCACCUAUCCGAAGGACGGGAUAAAUUAUAGAUCGCGGGGGGGGGGGGCGCUCCUAGACGGGGCCGCGGCAGUCUGCAGGAAGUGCAGUGUUGUCCCCAGCAGAAAGCCACAUGUGUCGGCCGCCGCGUCAUGUGGGGAUGGAGUGCCCCUUUUCCAGCAUACUGCCGCGGCCCCAUCCAGGAGAUUGCGGGGGGCCUUUGGAUAGGGGAUAAGUUAUAUUGCACUACAAAUGUCCUUUAAGCUACAUUUAGAUGAAUGGAAGGUUGCAGAUAAUUCUGCAACACAUCUGUCAUGUGUGAUGGUAUCCUAAUAAUAGCACUGAUAUUCUUUUAUAUUUAGCAGCCUUUCCCUGUUUCUGUUGUUUAUUCUCAUUUUUUUAUAGUUGAAAAGGAACUUUAGAUUUGGGGCCAGUUUUGAAGACUGUCAUAGAGAACUUCAAGAGUUUUACACUAAAAAAAUUAUAAUAAAAAUAAUCAUAUAAUGCUUGGGCCAUAUCAAGAUAAAAAUAUAUAUAUAUAUGUGUAUAUAUAUAUAUAUGUGUGUGUAAGUAUAUAUAUAUAUAUAUAUAUAUAUAUAUAUAUAUGUAUCUAGCCCCACUUCCCUCUGGUCUCCCAUUUCUGUCUGGCUCUGUCCUAUCCCCCAGUCUUUUCUUCCUGCUUUCAAGAUGGUAGCCGAGAAGGUACCAACCACUGGCCGAGAAUGUGCACCACUCUGGCCACUGAUUCACUAAAUUGGCAGGUCCUACACUAACCUUUUGUCUUUAAAGCAUGAAGAAGACAGAAGAUGUAGAGUGGUGAAUAUUCAUACUGUUUAUGAUUAGAUGAUGUUGUGCUUUUGAAUGUAGCUAUAUUGGGCUUAAUGUUAAACCUCUGUGUUCGCUCUGCUGUUAAUAUUAAACUAUUUUCAU